ACACCCACUUCCGCGCGGGAGAGUUGGGGCGGGGGGGGGAAAGGUGAGGGAUUGUGGAAGUGGGCGAUCGUGAGUGGAUGGUUCCCACCACCCCGCGACAGAUCCUGGGGUGUCAGAUGGAAUCCAUGAGCGGCAGGCUUAAGCCCUGCAAAAGCAAGCACCACGAUUUCUCCUGAGCCUGUAAGAACACCAGGGACUGUAGAUUCCACUUUUAGGCUCUUUCUCAGAAAAUUCCCAGAGCCCGUGGAGCUGGAUCCUCUGACUGGGCCUGAGCAGGGCCUAUGUAUCUGCUUCGAUUCCAGGAGUUUGUGUUGUUGGAGGUGACGUCUCCAGCAAAGGGGAGUUUGGAGUGUCACACCUAGUAGGACUGGGAAGUUGCUGAAGAUUUCUGCGGUGCGGACUUGCACAGAAACCAUAGACGAAUUUUCCUGCUCUAGGUGUUUUCUUGAUAAUGGCGAAGAUGGUGAGAACAACGUGUGCGUUUUGUCCACCAGGGGAGGCUGGUUCCAUAAUGUAUAUUGCCGGAGAGCAAAAUAUUGCAGCUCAUCAGGAUUGUCUGUUAUUUUCCUCAGGAUUUGUGGAAUCUGAAGAGCAUAACCCCGAUAAUCUGGAUAUAAGGUUUGAUGUGGCAUCAGUGUUGAAAGAACUCAAGAGAGGAAAGCGGCUGGUGUGCAACUUCUGUCGCGAGAAAGGAGCCACUGUGGGAUGUGAGGAAAGAGCCUGUCGAAGAAGUUAUCACUACUUCUGUGCACUCUGUGAUGAUGCAGCAAUCCAAACGGAUGAAGACAAUGGAGUCUACCGAGUGUUCUGCCCAAAACAUGACCGAGGCAAUAGGACCAAUCACUACGAUGCAGCUAAUAAGAGGAGACGGCGUACACUGAAAUCUUCCACCAUCACAGAACAAAUGAGUGCAGAAGAGACAGCAGAAGAAAACAGUUUACGAGUACUACAAAGAAAAAACAGGCAUAAAGUCCGAAUAGACUUCCUUAGGAAAUGCAAGCAAGCUGGGCUUCUGGAUGACAUAUUUGAAGAAAUGCUGGACACGCUUCACCUGGCGCAGGAAAAACUGAUGGAUGACAACACUUCAGAAACAGAGUAUGAAGAGACAGUGAUAUCGCUCUUUGACUGUGGACUGUUUGAAAAUAUACUGACAAAUAUUCAUUCAGCAACAGAGGAGAAAAUCCAGGAACUUCUGGAAAGCAGGAAACAACUGGAUAACAAGAUCGAGCUACUGCAGGACUUGAAAGAAGUCAUCCUUCCUACCCAGGAGACCAUGGCUAGCACUUCAAGUACGGUGUCUGAAUAGCCCCUAGAUCUGUCUGUAAUGGUGUCGAUAUUUAGGAUUUUCUAAUGAUAGAAACCAUAGACUGCGUCUGGUCAGUGUCUAAGUAAUUUUCCUCUCCCUGCCCCGAUACAGACACAAGCAAGACCUGGGUGUUUUACUUGGUUUUAUACCUCACUGUUGCAAUAAUUUUAAGUUGUCCCUUUCCUUAAAUUUUACCGUGGAUCAAUGAGUGUAACACACCAAAUUUAGCUUUUUUUUAAAUCUCAGCAAAACCCUCCAGUCAAGACUUUUUUUGUCAAAGACAAGGGAGCAUCAGCUGCCACAGAGCACUUUUUAAAGUCACUUUAGCCGUGGGAGCCAUCUUCUGACUGUGUGUGUAGCUGCUUCGCUGUCUGCACAUAGACAGUGGUGUUUGUUUUAAGGCUCACAGUGCUGCUUUGGCUUGCCAAAGAUGAUAAAUUAGCAGAACCUGCACUCAAAGAAACCUUCUGAAUUAUGUACAGGAGUUUGGGGUUUUUUUAAAUUAAUCAAGAAUCAUUUAACUGCUUAAUGUAUAACUAGUUCUGCUGCCAUGGCAGCGGUGAAACAGUGUUUGCAGGCAGACCAGAGAUGGUCGGGCAUCAUACUUCCGUGAGUUUUGUCUUAAAAAAAAAAAGUUUGAAUACAGAAAAGCAUUGUUUAGCUACAAAAGGGUAAGUUAAUGAAAUAAAAAAAAAAUGUUUUUAAGAAA